CAAUCCCGUUACGUGCGCUGUCCCGUGCACAACAGUUUGAGGUUAUUAUAAAAAUAAUAAGAAAAUAGUUGUUAAUUUCGCAUCAACAGAAUGAGCAGCAGCAUGACGACGGAGAGCGAAGGGGCGGCCGGAGGGGACGAUAAUAACGGCGGCAGCGGUAAAAAGGAGAAGUCCUUGAAGGAGGAAAUCGAGAGUCUGAGCCACGAGGAUCUGUGCGAGGUGACGCAGAGCUCCCUGAAGAGGAUCAUAGCGACAGAUUCGUUGCUAAGCGAUCUUCCGACGGACGUCACCACCGAAGAGGUACUCGCGCAGGUGGCCGUCGUUCAAGGACAGUCCGUGACCAUCAACAUCUUGAGGAAUCUCGACACUUCCUUCUCUGUCGUGGUUGCGUGCACCAAUUGGAAGAGAGUUCUGAUGGUGCUGACGGGUAAGAGCAACGCGACCGACCUUGUAGGAAUCUCGGCUAGCCUCGCUCACAGCGACGGCGCUUUGGAGAAGCUCACCGAUCUUCCCUCCGAAGAAGCCCUGAGCGUCCUCAACAACUACACCAGCUUCAUGAUGGUGCGUCAUCCGUUCGAACGACUGCUCAGCGCGUAUCGCAACAAGCUCGAAGAUGAUAAGGCGAGCGCUCGCUACUUCCAGGGCAUCUUCGGGCGGCACAUCAUCAAGAACUAUCGUAAGGAUCCUAAGGCCGAGGAUAUCCGAACCGGCGCGAACGUCACCUUCAAAGAGUUCGUGCAGUAUCUGAUCGCAGAGGGCGUCGAUGACGACACCGCCAACGAGCAUUGGAGAUCGAUGGAUCGACUGUGCCGUCCCUGUCAGCUGAACUACACGUUCAUCGGCAAGUACGACACGUUCGCCGAGGACGCGGAGGUUGUCCUAGGUAUGAUCAAAGCGCCGAAACUGAUCUUCCCGCAGACGAGGUCGGGGAGGACGGCCGAACGCAUCCGAUUGUAUUACCAGAAGUUGAGUCUGGAGGAGAUCGAGAUGCUUUACAAGAUAUACAGGAAGGAUUUCAAGUAUUUCGGAUACGGUUUGGACAAUGUCUUGGGCUACGACAUCGGGUGAUGAAUGAAGCUCUCUCUUAAU